AUGUGGCUGUCGUCCCUCAUACAUCUCGUCCCCAUCUCCCCUCUCUCGCAGGGCCAGGGCAACCUGCGAAGUUCAGGUGGCCUUGCCACGAAUCUUCUCGUGCCUUUUCUUUGCCUUGCGCCCUGUCUUGCGGCCUGCCAUGUUCUGGAACCUGCCCACUUGCCCGACGCGGCUCGCCCUUCGCCUCAAGGCCGCCUCGCUGAUUGGCAGCCGCCGACAGAGAGCAAUGGGAAUCGACUCCAGAAGGCGGUCUGGCCUUGUUUGCUAGUCGUGAAUGUCCUGCCACUCCUGCCUGCCUCGGUGCAGCUUUCGGCUAUGCGCGGAGACCAGAUGACUUCGCCUCUCCACAUGGCAAUCCAAGUUUUGGCCUGUGACCUGGCCGCUCAGUCUCUCGAGGGCUUGAUAGCCGAUGGUCGAGGUUGCCGGAUCCGUGCUCAACGGCCAGAUGCCAAAGACUAG